ACACAUACACGGGCCGCGCAGGCCGGAGGGAGGCGGCUCGGCGCUGGCGGGCGGCCCCCGCUCCCCGCAGCCCGGCUCGGUGCCCUCGGACCCGCCCCCGGGGGUCGCCCGGCCCCAUGCCCUGCAGCGGCGGCGGAGCGGCGCGCCGCGGGCGGCUCUGAGCAGCCCGGAGCCGGCCGGCGACCAGGGGGACCAUGUACCGGGACCCGGAGGCGGCCAGCCCAGGGGCGCCCACCCGCGAUGUCCUGCUGGUCUCUGCCAUCAUCACCGUCAGCCUUAGCGUCACUGUCGUCCUCUGCGGCCUCUGCCACUGGUGUCAACGCAAACUGGGCAAACGCUACAAGAACUCUCUGGAGACCGUGAGCACGCCAGACUCGGGCCGUGGGCGCAGCGAGAAGAAGGCCAUCAACGAUCUAGACAGAGACUUUUGGAAUAACAAUGAGAGCACAGUGCAGCAGAAAUGGAGCUCCUACCCUCCCAAGGAGUUUAUUCUAAACAUUUCACCCUACGCCCCUUAUGGCGACCCACGACUGUCCCUCAAUGGCUCGCUCCUGUCGAGCGCCAAGGUGGCCGCGGCCGCGGGGCUGGCGGUGGGGCGGGAAGGCCGGCUGGGGGAGAAGCCGGUGCCAGCGCCGCCACGCGGAGAGGACGCGCCCAGCGAGCCGGGCAGCGGCGGCAAGGCCGGGAGAGGCCGCUGGCGGACGGUACAGAGCCACCUGGCCGCGGGGAAGCUCAACCUGUCCAAUUUCGAGGACUCCACCCUGUCCACGGCCACUACCCUUGAGUCUAUCCCCAGCUCCACGGGAGAGCCGCGAUGCCAGCGACCCCACACCCUGAUGCGGCAACAGAGCCUGCAGCAGCCGCUGAGCCAGCAGCCGCGGGCGCGGCCCCCCAGCCAGCCCACCACCAGCCAGAGCCUGGGCCAGCUGCAGGCCCACGCGGCCGCGGCGCCCGGCCCCAACCCCCGGGCCGCCUCCGCCGGCCGCGGCCAGGCCCGCCAGGGCGCUUCGGCUGGUUCCAAGUACCGGCCGGCCGGCGGCCACAGCCGCUCCAAUCCGGGCAGCUGGGACCACAUGGUGGGGCAGAUUCGAAACCGAGGCUUGGACAUGAAAUCCUUCCUGGAAGGCCGGAUGGUGGUGCUAUCCUUGGUCUUAGGGCUUUCGGAGCAGGAUGAUUUUGCCAAUAUCCCUGACCUACAAAACCCAGGAACCCAGCAGAACCCGGCCCAGGGGGACAAGAGGUUGCCCCCAGGAGGGAAGGCCGUGAACACGGCCCCCGUGCCGGGCCAGACACCCCACGAUGAGUCCGACCGCAGGACCGAGCCUCGCUCCUCCGUCUCCGACCUCGUCAACUCCCUCACCAGCGAGAUGCUCAUGCUCUCUCCAGGCUCCGAGGAGGACGAGGCCCACGAGGCCUGCAGCCGUGAGAACCUGGGCCGGAUCCAGUUCAGCGUCGGCUACAACUUCCAGGAGUCCACGCUCACCGUCAAGAUCAUGAAGGCCCAAGAGCUGCCGGCCAAGGACUUCAGCGGCACCAGCGACCCCUUCGUCAAGAUCUACCUGCUGCCCGACAAGAAGCACAAGCUGGAGACCAAGGUGAAGAGGAAGAACCUGAACCCCCACUGGAACGAGACCUUCCUCUUUGAAGGCUUCCCCUACGAGAAGGUGGUGCAGAGGAUCCUCUACCUCCAGGUCCUGGACUACGACCGCUUCAGCCGCAAUGACCCCAUUGGGGAGGUGUCCAUCCCCCUCAACAAGGUGGACCUGACCCAGAUGCAGACCUUCUGGAAGGAUCUGAAGCCAUGCAGUGAUGGGAGUGGGAGCCGCGGGGAGCUGCUCCUGUCCCUCUGCUACAACCCCUCUGCCAACUCCAUCAUCGUCAACAUCAUCAAGGCCCGGAACCUCAAAGCCAUGGACAUCGGGGGCACCUCAGACCCCUACGUGAAGGUGUGGCUCAUGUACAAAGACAAGCGGGUGGAGAAGAAGAAGACGGUGACGAUGAAGAGGAACCUGAACCCCAUCUUCAACGAGUCCUUUGCCUUCGACAUCCCCACGGAGAAGCUGAGGGAGACGACCAUCGUCAUCACCGUGAUGGACAAGGACAAGCUCAGUCGCAACGACGUCAUCGGCAAGAUCUACCUGUCCUGGAAGAGUGGGCCCGGGGAGGUAAAGCACUGGAAGGACAUGAUCGCGCGCCCCCGGCAGCCCGUGGCCCAGUGGCACCAGUUGAAGGCCUGAGUGGACGCGGCGGGAGGCCUGGGGCGGGGACGGCGGGGCCCAGGUCCCCAUCACCACUCGAUGCACAAUGCCCGGCCUGG